UAAAAAAAGAAGAGAGAAACGGCAGUGCUGCUCCAAUUCGUGUUGACUCGUGGCUACAACAACACGAUUCGCAUCGUCGGCUCCCCGGGAACCAAGUGGCAAGUCGCAACUUCCUUCCACAGCCAUCUCGCGCAGGCAGUCUUCUGUAACCCUAAUCCUCCCCCGCCCCAUCCCGGCCCAUAGGCGCCAUGGUCGGCGGCAGAGGGCGCUCCCCGUCGCCGUACUCACCCACCCCGGUCGACAAGCGCUGUCGCUCCCGCGAUGACGACGACGCACGAUCCAGCGGCGCCUCCCCGAAGCGCCGCAAGCGACACCACCGUCGUUACGGCGAGGACGGGGAGAUACUCGACGGCGCUUCUGCUGCGGCUCCUGCUAGGAGCCGGGAGCAUGAAAGAGGAUGGAGGAGCAGCCGUGUUGGUGGUGGUGGUGGAUGCGAUUAUUAUACUCCUUAUUAUACACACGGAGAGAGAAGCAGCAACCACAGUAGAUUGGAUCGAAGAGGAAGUGCACGCGGCGGCGGCGGCGGCGGCGAUGAAAUCAGGGAGAGGGAAAGACGGAGCGGUAAUUCAAGCCAUGGUGACCAUGCGAGGUGGGAUCCAGCAGGCAUAGGCAAGGAUAGGUGGGAUCCGGCAGGCAGAGUAAGUCACGCUGACAGGCACAGGGAUUCUACAAGUUCAUCAAAACCUAGCAAAUCUGCUGGUUACAAGCAGACAUUGAGAUUUGGGGACAUAUCUAUAGAUUUUGGCCAUAAAAUCCGGAGUCAUGAAGAAAUGAAGAAGGGAACUUUCCAGCAGGAAGACCAUAAGCGGUGCAAGGUGAAAACUGAAUUAACAAUAUUGCAGCAACAAAAUGAUGCUCGUGGGAAAGUUGAGGUGGAAUUUGUACCAAGUUGCAAAAAUGUGAAGGCAGGAGCAAGAGCAAUUGAUACAGGCAAAGCGCAAAAUAGCACCUCUGCCUGUGUGGCCAAUAGCAAAGCUGAAAACAAGCAAGAUUCUCAAGUGGUGAUCACUAACAAAGCAAACAUCACCGUGGGAAAGCCUUCUGCUCCUAGCAGUGCCAUUGGAAGUGGAAGACCACCUGCUGCUGCUGGGAUUGGGAAAUCUGCUGGCAAGCCUGAUGGUUUGCACAAUGAAAGCAAUGUUCAUCCUGACAACUGGGAUGAUGCAGAGGGCUACUACACAUACCACUUUGGGGAGUUGCUGGGUGGCCGUUAUGAGAUUAUAGCUGCCCAUGGGAAGGGCGUGUUCUCAAGAGUCGUUGGGGCAAGAGAUCUUGAAGCUGCUGGCACAGAUGGCCCUGAAAGAGUAGCCAUCAAGAUAAUUCGCAACAAUGACAUGAUGUACAGGGCAGGUAAGCAAGAGGUUUCAAUACUGGAAAAACUCAACGUUGCGGACCACGAGGACAAGUGCCACUGCGUGCGGUUUAUUUCAAGUUUCAGGUACCGGAACCAUCUGUGCUUAGUUCUUGAAUCUCUUCAUAUGAACCUGCGUGAGGUGUUGAAGAAAUUUGGUCCUAACAUCGGGCUUAGACUCACUGCUGUGAGGGUAUAUGCAAAGCAGAUGUUCAUCGCCCUGAAGCAUCUGAAGACCUGCAGAGUUUUGCACUGCGAUAUAAAGCUGGACAAUAUCAUGGUGAACCAGGCUAAGAAGGUGCUCAAACUAUGCGAUUUCGGCAGUGCUAUGCUUGUCGGAAUGAAUGAGGUUACACCUUACCUUGUCAGUCGUUACUAUCGAGCACCUGAGAUCAUUCUUGGGCUGCCCUAUGACCACCCGUUGGACAUGUGGUCAGUUGGUUGCUGUCUCUAUGAGCUUUGCACAGGAAAAGCCUUAUUCCAAGGAAAAUCAAACAAUGAGAUGCUUCGGCUUCAUAUGGAGUUGAAGGGCAGCUUCCCUAAGAAGAUGCUUCGCAGUGGUGCCUUUACGAUGCAACACUUCGAUCGAGACAUGAGAUUUCAAGAUACUCACGAUGACCCUGUCAAAGGAAAGGUUGUGAGAAGGUUAAUUUCUAACAUUAAACCAAAGGGCAUUGGUUCUUAUAUUUCAAACAUUCCUGGAGAGGAUCCAAAAACACUAUUCAGUUUUAAAGAUCUUCUUGAUAAAAUGUUUGUCUUAGAUCCAGCGAAGAGGAUAAACGUCCAAGAAGCACUUAGCCAUCCUUUUAUUACUGGCAAGUGAAGACAAGAUCUGAUCCCUUUUGACAUUGUUUAUAGCUAAUAAUUAACUAACAGUUUUAAAUUCUAAUCAACGGUAUUUUUGUCUUUGUGUCUGGCGAGCUAUGAGAUCAUCUGAGCACGUGGAUGAAUUAUGCAUGGAACUAUGGAAAAAUGGAGGUAUGUUCUGUUGCUUGAAAGAAUAGCUUGUGUUGCCUAUUCGUGUGGGCAUUCUAGUGCGAUGCUGUCAUAGUGCGCAUUGUUUUUAAUCCUUAUUAAACUUCUUCUACCUUAAUACAAAAAUCUUUUGUGUAUUUCAAGAGUAAAAAAUAAAGUUAUGCACGAACUAAAAUCAACUAGGUGAAAAUAUGAAUGAGAAAUUAGCCAGCAACUUAGAUCUGCAUGUUAGAUAUUGAUCUCGUAGGCAUAGCUAUUUGUGACGGCUGAUCCACGACCCAGUGGCUGGGCCUAACGAGGCAGAGGAGGGCCCUGGCCUGGUCCAAGGUGCCGCCUUGGGCGUGCACACACAGGGGUGAUAGCGCCCCUAGAGCCGUCAGCCACCUCCCACCCAGAGGAAUUCAGAAUAAAUGUAAACUAGAGAUAGAAUUAGAUAUGGAAUGAAUAAAAAAGAAAUAGUCUUUUUAGAAAUGAAGAAUCAGUUUGUUUAGAAAAGGAGAGUCCAAAUCUCUAAGGACUCUACCUAUAUUUUGUUUGGGGGUCAAGUCUCUUAGGGACUACUAGUAUAUUGCCCAUGCUAACGCUACGGUGGCGUCAUUAUAAAAUGUUUGCCCUCUAUACAACUUUAUUAGAUUUUUCCACGCCAACCUUUUCCCUGUAGAAUCGAGAUUUCCACCACGCCUAUCACCAUCAUAAUAUUAUGAAAAAAAGAGCAAUCUGCAAACUUGACAUGAGUUUCAGGUACUUAAACUUCAAAUAACCAAGAGACAGAACAACAGAACAAGGUUUAGAGGAAUAUAAAGAUUCUCAUUUGGGUAUAUGAAACUUUAUAUCAAAUAUAUAAUAUAUAUUGUUUCACUAAAGUUAAUAGGGAAGUUAACUGGAUGAGUGUUUUCUGUUCGUCUAUACAAGCUGCACUGAAGUUAAUAUGUACAAGAGUUACCUGAGUAACUCUGAAUUUGUUUGUGGACAUCAUAUUGGCAGGCGCACAAGCCAUUCCUGGACUGAUAUUUAUAAUUUGAGGAAACACUAUUGGCGGACAAGGUGGAAACAUAACUUGUGAACACAGAAACAAAUUAACUUCACAGCUGUGAGACUGAUAACCACUGUACCGUGGCCUGUAUUUUUACCUUGCAACAGCCACAUGACUUCACACCUCGAAAUGUUAACUCGUUUACCUUUACUGAUUUCGACAGUGCAUAUGGGUGGCAUCCCUCCACUAAAAUACUGUCAAAAGAAACUAUUCUUGUAAGGGUUAAAGAACACAAGAAUUACACAAUUGGCAGGUGAAAGCUUCCCUAAGCAACCACAGUUGCUAUUAUCAACUAGACCAACUAAGCCCCCCAAAAGAAAUCAUUUAGAAAAUAGUCAAAUACAAGCGCACAGUAUGCACAACUCACUUUGGUCUGAAGUAGUUAACUGGUAUAUGCUCUUUGAAUAUAUCAUUUAGUGCAUCCAAUGUGCCCUGAAAACAAAUGUGCAUUGUCAGAUAAAGAUUUAUGUUUAGAUUUGUAGAUAGUGUUUAUCUGAUAAACAUGGAAUAUAUGCAAAACUGGAUUCCCAUUCCUUCUCACCCUUCAUGUGGCUGGUCUGGUGAAAUCCCUGAAUAAAAACACAAAUUUUUCAGAAAUUCUCCUGUGAGAAUCCAAACAUAAGCUUCAGUUGUAAGAGUUGUAGCAGACAACAAAGGUCACAAAAUUCCACAUAUACAAGCAACAGAAUUGACCAAAAGCACCACAAAUCCCAGGAUAGCUGAAGCUCUAAAGGUCAAGGAGAAAAUGACAAAUAAAGUGAAAACCUUCACAACAGAAGUAUUUGUACCUUCUUGCAUCUAUGAUUUUUUGCUUUCCUUAUCCAUCCAGGCAACAAGAAACAAAUCAGUCCUAGGCUUGUUUAGCAGGCAGGGAUUUCCGUAGAAGUUUGGACAAAUGAAAACACUAUGAAGUGAAAACACUGAGCUUUUAAAAAAUCCAUUAGGAUUCAUGUGCAAACUGUAAUAAAUGGUUAGUGAUUGUGGUUCACAUAUCCAAUCAACAGUUGAUCACAAUUAGUCUACCGUCUGUACAGAGAUCAGAUCAUUUGAUGAUAUAGUUAAAUUCCACUUCGUACAGGUUUACGGGAAUAGGGCUGUAUAUCCCUUAGGCCUACUUUGGCAGCCCAAAUUCCUAGAGGGAUCCCUGCAAAUUCCCCGUGCAAAUCUCCUCCGUGCCAAAAUUGGGUGCUCUUUGGAAGCCCACCAACCCGGGGUUUGCAGCCUGUUUCCCUUCCUUUUCCACGCGGAAAUAAUACACGAGCGAGGAGGCCGGGAGGGUUUCCUGUGCGCACACGAGUCGCACGCGGCUUUUUUCCGCUCACGACGCCGCCCAGUCGCGACGCCGCCGCCACUCGCCCAGGUGCUCUAGGUGCCGCCGCCAGACUCCAUCCAGAUCGAGACGAGGAAGGAGCACCGCAUCACGUUUCUGGAGCAGCCGCCGCCCUCACACCACCAGCGGAGCAGGGGCUCAUCGUCUCAGGGCGCUAGCGGGGAGAGCCGUGGUGGCGGCGGGGAGCCGGGGGUCCCAGAGGUCUCGCACCUGGGGUGGAGCUCAAUGACGCCACGUGCAUGUUCGCCAGUCAGUCCACCUCUAUCCACAUCUCCUUCCCCAUAGAAGCUUCUCAAUCUGCUAGGGUUUCAUCCACAUCUUUUUCUGGUUGAUCUUGGAGUUACCAGUCAGCGAGCUCCGAAGCCUCUACCGCUAGCCAUUGUGCCGUCCGCGAGCAACACCGACAUUGCCAGCAACAUGACACAACCUCUGCCUCUACAGAGCUUUUGGUGGAAGCAAUGUAUGUUUUCUGAAGAAAAAUGAAUGCUGCUACAGUGCCUAUGACAAGCUUAUGAAAAGGAAUUAAAUUUACUUUUGGAUAUAUGUCUUGGAUAUAUGGAUGGAGAUGAUCUAUGAUUUGGUGACGAAUGGAUUAGCUAGGUUGAAUUUGCCACUUGAAUUGAAUGUUCUAUGCAUUGGACUAUGUCAAAAUAAUUGCCACAAUCUGUUAUGUAAACUGACUUAUUCCUGAGAUUUUUUCAUCACUUCUUGAUGCUAGAAUGGAUAUGUAGUGACUUUUUUA